AUGGAUUCUGUCAUUGAAGAAUGGUAUCACUCGGCUGGUUUCACGGAUGCUCAGCAGCAGGCAAUCGCUGAAGCACGGCAGCGCUUCCACGCAGCUAAUGGCCCGACCACGAAAGGCAUCAUCGACAGGAUCGCGGUCGCAGUCACGCAGACUUUUACUGACAGCGAUGCAAUGGUUGAACGAUGGCCCUCGGGUAUCCGAGAGCUGAUGAACCGGUUCUCGCGAUAUCCCACCCAGCUUGACAGGAACUUCGAGACAUGGGCGCGACCGCGGGAUCAGGAGAAACGGAAGCAGGCCAUCUCUGUAUGGACGUCGUUGCUGGCGUUUCUUGUCUGUAACUGGAAGUCGUAUGGUGCAGACGGUGCCCUGGAGUCUAUGGGAUUGAAUCUAUCCUGGGCCCUCAAGGACGACAUCGAUGCCAUUCGGUACUACGCCAAAUCAGGACGGUCGUUAAAGGUACUCGGUGAAAUGACCAUUACAUUCUUCGUGAAGAUGAUCAAGGACGCUACGGCCACUCCACACACCAACCCCUUGGUCUGGUGGCUGGCUGUAUUGAUCCAGACUGAAGUCCUAGACGACCAGCCCCGCUGGACGGUGGCAGGCGUACAGGACACGCUGUCAUUCGCUCAGAAGCUAGAAGCCAUUGAUCAUUAUGCUCGCGUGUUGGUCCUGGAAGACGCCAUUUAUCGAGGUGACCUAAGCCCAAACCAGAAAGAAGAUCUGCAAAGUUCGUUGAAUCAGGUCACUAUCAGUUGGAUUGAUCAAGAUGCCGAGCGCCCUGCAGUCGACCCCCGCCAGGCCCUCUUCGAAAGCGUCUCGCACAAAUGGAGGACCUAUACCGAAUAUAUGCGACCAAUCUUUGCAGAAUUGUUGACGGGCCAGAGCCCAGGUCCCAUGUCAACGGUCAUACUGUUCCUGCACGGAAAGCUAGAAACCCCUUCGUAUAAAAAGGUGUACAUAGUCAAGAUGCAGAUUGAAGAAGUAUUUUCUAUCGAUCCCAUGAUGGCGGCUUGUUACCCGGCUGAGGUGGACACGAAGGCCACAAUCGAGGAAGCGAACAAGGCGGCUCGGAUGUGCAUCCGUGAUGAGUUAGGACCGAAUAACGCAUCCCUCAAAUGGGAUGAAGUGUUUGACGGAAGGGGCAUGAUCCGCAUUCGAGCCAUCUACCGAGAUGAGGCCAAUGAUGCAAGGGCGGUUGCGUGGGUUGAGGAAGCGGACAUCCUGACUGAAGACAAGUAA